UGUGUGGGGGCGGGUGGAGCCUGACGGGGUUCUGCAGGCUGCGAUCGGCGCCUCCGCGUCCUCGCCCGGCGCUCUGGCGGCAGCGGCAGAGCCAGCGGCAGAACCAGCGGCAGAACCAGCAGGAGCAGCAGCAGCAGCAGCAGCAGCGAGCAUGUCCUCGAGCAGGGCCAAGAAAGUGAAGAUGGCCACCAAGUCCUGCCCGGAGUGCGACCAGCAGGUUCCUGUUGCAUGUAAAUCAUGUCCCUGUGGCUACAUAUUUAUUAGUCGAAAACUGUUGCAUGCUAAACGUGCUGAGAGAUCACCACCCAUCACAGAAAACAAAAAUGAGGCCAAAAGGAGACGAACAGAGAGAGUUAAGCGAGAGAAGAUAAACUCUGCAGUAAAUAAAGACUUAGAAAACCGAAAAAGAUCCAGGUCUAACAGCCAUUCAGACCAUAGCAGACGAGGAAGAGGAAGACCUAAGAGUGCCUCAGCCAAAAAACACGAAGAAGAAAGGGAGAAACAAGAAAAAGAAGUUGACAUGUAUGCUAACCUUUCAGAUGAAAAGGCCUUUGUAUUUUCAGUGGCCUUGGCGGAAAUAAACAGAAAAAUUAUCAAUCAAAGACUUAUUCUGUAACUUGUAAGCACAGUCUGAUGCAUUUAUAUGCAGAAUCACUAGUGUAUUUCCAAGGUGUCAUGGGCUCUCGGAAAGUGUUUUGUCUGUACUGACAAGGACCAUGUUAUCUCUUUUUAAAAUUCUGCUGCUGUUCUUGGAAAUCUGUCUCUACAAGUCAGAAAGAAAGAAUUCACAAGAUUGUGUUGUGAAAAAUUAUAAAGCAGAUGUUUUACGCCUUGAAGACAAAUGCCCAGAGAGACUGCACCCAUUCCAGAGCACUUCUUUUAAAUUUCCUGCCAGAAAUGCAAUAUUUUAAAUAUUUCCAGAAAUAAAUGAUUUUCCUUUAAAAUUAUAUAUUUCAGAUUUUUCAGCUAUAUUGCAGUUUAUGUAUGUAUAGUUCACAUAACUUUUUAAUAAAUUGAUACUCCAAUA